GCAGCGUCCGAGGAGCAGGAAAAUCGACAUUUCGGGUUUAUUCCAGACUGCAACGUCCUUACUCUGUCAACCAUCUGUGAAUAAGUGUUUGUGGCAGUCCUUGCAAACCCCGGAACCCUAUCCAGGACAAGCAUCUAAAUAGGAAGCAGGAGGCAACAGCUUCGCUUCACUUGGAAGUCACCACUGAUGAUGUUACCUAGCCAGAACUUUUGAAGAUUUGAAGAGGGAAGUUUUAAAAUCAACAGAUGAAGGGCUUAUAACCGAAACAUUGACCCUCCUGCUCCUCGGAUGCUGCCUGACUCCCCUGUGACUUUCCAGUGCCACAUUUUUCGACUGACUCUCCAGCAUCUCCGGUCCUCACUUUGAUGUCAAUGUCUUACAGUCACUCAGUCCACUGGGGCCGGCAAAGAUUUUCGACCGUGAUUUCUGAGAGAGGAAUCAAAGCUUUUUGGUUCCUGUCUGAGUAUGUUUUCAGCAUCAGUGGGACUGGACGAGAGACCCCACUGUUGCAGCGCACUGUGUGAGGAGCCUGAAACAGUUAUACGGCCUGGAAAGGGAAUUUCACGGCAGGGAGGGGCUCUACACGUGUUUGUGUGCAGCUGAAGCUUUGGCCAUGGAGAAACCCGAGGAAUCCCGCCCUAUGGAGAAACCGUGGAAGUGUGGGGACUGUGGGAAAGGCUUCCGUGUCCCGUCUGCCCUGGAGAUUCAUCGGCGCGGUCACACCGGGGAGAGGCCAUUCCCCUGCACCGACUGUGGGAAGGCCUUCAGACAUUCCUCCCACCUGCUGGCCCACCAGCGGGUCCACACGGGGGAAAGGCCCUUCAGCUGCCCUGAGUGUAGGAAGGCCUUCAGCGAUUCCUCCUCCCUGCGGACCCACCGGCGUGUCCACACGGGGCAGAGGCCCUUCAGCUGCCCCGAGUGUGGGAAGGCCUUUACCUACGUCUCCUCCCUGCUGAGGCACCAGCGUGUCCACACCGGGGAGAGGCCGUUCACCUGUUCUCAGUGUGGGAAGGGCUUCAGCACAUCCUCCACCCUGCUGACCCACCAGCAGGUCCACACCGGGGAGAGGCCGUACAUCUGCUCUCAGUGCGGGAAGGCCUUUACCCAGUCCUCCCACCUGCGGACCCACCGGCGUGUCCACACGGGGCAGAGGCCCUUUAGCUGCCCCGAGUGUGGGAUGCCCUUUACCCACGUCUCCACCCUGCUGAUGCACCAGCGUGUCCACACCGGCGAGAGGCCGUUCACCUGCUCUCAGUGCGGGAAGGGCUUCAUCUGCUCCUCCCAACUGCGGAGCCACCAGCUGGUCCACACGGGGCAGAGGCCCUUCAGCUGCCCCGAAUGUGGGAAGGCCUUCAGCAGAUCUUCCUCCCUGCGGAGACACCAGCGUGUCCACACCGGGGAGAGGCCGUUCAGCUGCCCCGAGUGUGGCAAGACCUUCAGCACAUCUUCUGCCCUGCUGACGCACCAGCGGAUCCACACCGGGGAGAGGCCUUACACCUGCUCUCAGUGCGGGAAGGGCUUCACCUGCUCCUCCAACCUGCGGACGCACCAGCGAGACCACACGGGGGAAAGGCCCUUCAGCUGCCCCGAGUGCGGGAAGGCCUUCGUGUUUUUCUCCGCCCUGUUGGCCCAUCAGCGGGUCCACACAGGAGAGAGGCCGUUCAGCUGCCCAGAGUGCGGGCAGGCUUUUACCAACAACUCCACCCUGCUGAGGCACCAGCGGAUCCACACGGGGGAAAGGCCCUUCAGCUGCCCUGAGUGUGGGAAGGCCUUCAGCUAUUCCUCCACCCUGCGGAGCCACCGGCGUGUCCACACCGGGGAGAGGCCCUUCAGCUGCCCAGAGUGUGGGAAGGCUUUUACCAACAACUCCACCCUGAUGAGGCACCAGCAGAUCCACACUGGGGAGAGGCCGUACAUCUGCUCUCAGUGCGGGAAGGCCUUCAGCAAUUCCUACACUCUGCUGACCCACCAGCGUGUCCACACGGGGGAGAGGCCGUUCACCUGCUCUCAGUGUGGGAAGGGCUUCACCUGCUCCUCCCACCUGCGGAGCCACCAGCGGGUCCACACGGGGGAGAGGCCCUUCAGCUGCCCCGAGUGCGAGAAGGCUUUUACCAACAACUCCACCCUGCUGACCCACCAGCGUGUCCACACCGGGGAGAGGCCGUUCACCUGCUCAAAGUGCGGGAAGGGCUUCACCUGCUCCUCCAUCCUGCGGAGCCACCAGCGGGUCCACACCGGGGAGAGGCCCUUCAGCUGCCCCGAGUGCGGGAAGGCCUUCAGCACAUCCUCCUCCCUUCUGAAGCACCAGCGGGUCCACACCGAGGAGAGGCCUUACAUCUGCUCUCAGUGUGGGAAGGGCUUCAGGUCUUCCUCCAACCUGCUGACCCACCGGAGGGUCCACACCGGGGAGAGACCUUACACGUGCUUUCACUGUGGGAAGGGUUUCACCCGCCGCUCCCACCUGCGGAGCCACCAGCGAGUUCACGUGCCAUCGCAGAGGGAAGGCUCUGAUUGGCAGGAGGACCUAUAUCCUUCCGGUCCUCCAGGGCUUCCGAUUGGCCCACCAAAAGAAAGUCGCGAUGCGUGCGGCGAGGAGCAUGCGCACCUGGAAAGAGGAAUUCACAGCAGGGAGUGGCUCCACACUUCGGCCAUGGAGAAACGCGAGGAAUCCCACCUCUUGGAGAAACCAUGGAAGUGUGGUGACUGCGGGAAAGGCUUCCGUUUUCCAUCUUCCCUGGAGAUUCAUCGGCGUAGUCACACCGGGCAGAGGCCAUUCACCUGCCCAGUCUGUGGGGAGGCCUUCAGAUAUUCCUCCACCCUGCUGACCCACCAGCGGAUCCACACGCGGGAGACGCCCUACAGCUGCCCCGAGUGCGGGAAGGCCUUUACCCAGGUCUCUGGACUGCAAAACCACCAGUGGGUCCACACAGGGGAGAGGUCCUUCAGCUGUCCCGAGUACAGGAAGGGCUUCAGCAAUUCCUCCUCUCUGCUGAGGCACCAGCGGGUCCACACGGGGGAGAGGCCCUUCAGCUGCCCUAAGUGCGGAAAAGCCUUCAGGGAUUCCUCCUCUCUGCUGAGGCACCAGCGGGCCCACACUGGGGAGAGGCCCUUCAGCUGCCCCGAGUGCAGGAAGGCCUUUAUCCAGGUCUCUGGACUGCUAAACCACCAGUGUGUCCACACAGGGGAGAGGCCGUUCAGGUGCCCAGACUGCAGGAAGGCCUUCAGCAAUUCCUCCUCUCUGCUGAGGCACCAGCGGAUCCACACGGGGGAGAGGCCCUUCAGCUGCCCCGAGUGCAGGAAGGCCUUCAGCAAUUCCUCUGCCCUGCUGACUCACCGGAGGGUCCACACGGGGGAGAGGCCCUUCAGCUGCCCCGAGUGCAGGAAGGCCUUCAGCAAUUCCUCUGCCCUGCUGAGCCACCAGCGGGUCCAGACGGGGGAGAGGCCCUUCAGCUGCCCCGAGUGCAGGAAGGCCUUCAGCAAUUCCUCUGCCCUGCUGAGCCACCAGCGGAUCCACACGGGGGAGAGGCCAUUCAGCUGCCCCGCGUGCAGGAAGGCCUUCAGCAAUUCCUCUGCCCUGCUGAGCCACCAGCGGGUCCAGACGGGGGAGAGGCCCUUCAGCUGCCCCGAGUGCGGGAAGGCCUUCAGCAAUUCCCCCAACCUGCUGAGGCACCAGCGGGUCCACACAGGGGAGAGGCCCUUCAGCUGCCCCGAGUGCAGGAAGGCCUUCAGCAAUUCCUCCGCCCUGCUGACUCACCGGAGGGUCCACACGGGGGAGAGGCCCUUCAGCUGUCCUGAGUGCGGGAAGGCCUUUACCCGCUCCUCCCACCUGCUGAGGCACCAGCGGGUCCACACUGGGGAGAGGCCCUUCAGCUGCCCCGAGUGCGGGAAGGCCUUCAGCAAUUCCUCUGACAGGCUGACCCACCAGCGGGUCCACACUGGCGAGAGGCCAUUCCCCUGCCCCAAGUGUGGGAAGGCCUUCAUCAGCUCCUCCCACCUCCGGAGGCACCAGCGAGUUCACAUUCCAUCGCAGGGGGAUUGAAGGAGUGAAGGCUGAAAGUCCAGUGAAUAAUGACAAUCAGCCCAGCUCCCGGGACUCCCGGGUUUGAAUCCCGCUGCAGCAGAUGGCGCUAUACAGGGUAUGGGUUGAAAUUGCUGAGUGAGGCAAUGCUUCCUCCGGGUUACGGCUCUACCAAGGAUCCAAUUAGAAAGGGACACCUCGGUGCUGACCAAUAGUGAAGACAGUGAGGUUGGGUGGGCGUAUAAGCGUGAGUGAGUGUGCUUUGAUCUUGAGCUGUUUAAAAAGCAGCUACUUUUUCUCUGCCUUUUUGCUGAGGGGGAUUUGAAGCUUUAACAAAGUUGGGUCACAAUG